AUGACAAUAAUUUUACAUUAUUUUACUGAAGUCGUUUUCUUGGCUCAAUUCUGGAGUAAUGGUGAAACAGCAUCAUUAGAGAAAGACCAAGAUUGUCCACUUUGUACGGCCGACGACUACAAACCUGUUUGUGGUAUUAAUGGAAAAGGCAAUAAAAAAACUUUCUCAAAUAAUUGUGAAAUGAACCGAUACAACUGUUUGCAAGGAGACGAUUACAAAUUGUCCAGCAAUGGCGUUUGUCCAGAAGUUGCACAACCAGACAGAAAGACGGGACCGAGUGCCAUAUUAAGAAAAGAAUGAUAACCGUGUUCAUGGAAUAGUAUAAAUAUUUAUAAAACUUACGAAGACAAACACAAUGACAACAACAAUUUUCUAGUACAAGAAGUUAACAGCAUUAUUUUGGAUUGACAAAAUAAGAUUACAUGUUUCGAAUUAAAUAGCUAGAUUUUUUAAAAGAUGUUUUCUUUAUUCUUAAAU